AUAAAAAUAAACUUAUAGGUUACAUCCUGGUAUUUUAAAAGAUGUUUCUAAAUUCCAUAAAGCAAUUUUCUACAAUAGUUCAAAACCAUGUAAAUGUAAACCAUAUUUUAUCUCAGUCAGUAAAAUCUAUUCAAGUGCGAAAUUAUGCAGCCAGGAAAGGUACUAGGGAUAGGAAAGCAAAGAAAAAAGUUAAAGCUGAAGUAGUAAAAGUUGGUUUUGUACCCCACAAUCAGAGAAAUAAGUUAAAACUUUUAGCUCAAAGGGAACCUUUAAAAUUUGAUGAUUCUUGGAAAAGAAAUCCUACAGACGAUGUUUAUGUUGCAAAGUAUUAUAAAUGGGUUGUAUAUCCAUUUGCUGAAGCAGUUAAAUGUCAUCAGGAAACACAUAGCCCUGAAAUGUAUAAUAAACCCAAUGCAAAUCUACAUGUGACUAUUGAACUAAAUAUGCAAGGAGAAAAAAAAACACGUUUUGUAGACAAUUUUACCAGUGUUGUCAAAGUUCCUUAUAACUUUGAUCAUGGGGAAGAACGUACGAUAGUGGUAUUCAGCAAAAACCCAGAUGAGCAAAAUGAGGCAAUUACAGCAGGAGCUACCCUUUCUGGUGGUAGUGAUUUAAUUAAACAAAUUCAAAAUGGGGAUGUGUCAUUGCAAGAUUUUCAAUAUUGUAUUGCACAUCCCAACAUUUUACCAGAAUUGGUUCAGUUAAGAGGUUUAAUGAAAAAGAAGUUCCCUAAUCCCAAAAUGGGAACUUUGGAUGUAAACUUGGGAAAAGUUGUGGACAAAUUUUUAAAUGGAGUAAAGUAUCAAGCUGUUAAGGAUGAUUAUGAGAAGGAGUUUGGUUGCAUCAAAACUGUUAUAGGAAGUCUGGAUAUGGACAUUAAACACUUGGAAGAAAAUUUCUCUGUUUUGAUUAAUGAUGUUAAUUCUAUGAAACCCAGAAGGCCAGGUACUUUUAUAGACAGGUGUAUAUUGUGGAGUCCUCCUUCCCAAGAAGUUUUGAAAGUAGAUCAUGCUGUAUUUUUAAAAGAACUAAAUUCUAAAGGGUCUCAAAAUGUUUUCGAGAAGCAAGAAGAUUAUGACAAGGAGGAGGAGGAGGAAAAAGGUGAAAGAGUUGCUUUAUAAUAAAAUGUUAAACAU